ACCAUCUCAAAUUUUUUAAAAAUUAUUUUCAUGUUAUUUUUAUUUACUUUAUUAUUAUUAUUUUAUUUAUUUUUCUUGUUCUGUUGCUCAGGCUGUAGUGCAGUGGCACUACCACAACUCACUGCACCUCAACCUCUGAGGCUCAAGUGAUGUUCCUGCCUCAGCCUCCCAAGCAACUGGAACUACAGGCAUGUGCCACCAUGCCAGGCUGAUUUUUCCUUUUUUUGUGUGGAGAUAGGGUCUCAUCAUGUUGCCUAGACUGUUCUCAAACUUCUGGGCUCAAAUGAUCUUCCCACUUUGGCCUCCCAAGUGGCUGGGAUUACAGGUGUGAGCCACUGUGCUUGGCCUUAUUAUUUUUAGAGACAUAAUCUGCCUCUUGUCACCCAAGCUGGGGUGCAUUGGUGUGAUCAUAGCUCACUGCAGACUUGAACUUCUGGGUUCAAGCAAUCCUCUUGCCUCAGCCUCCUGAGUUGACUAGGCCUAUAGACAUGCACUGCCAUACCCAGCUAGCUUUUAGAUUUUUUUUGUAGAGACAGGAUCUUGCUAUGUUGCCCAGGCUGGUCUCAAACUCCUGACCUCAAGCGAUCCUUCCUCCUUGGCCUCUCAAAGUGCUGGGAUUACAGGUGUGAGCCACUGCACCUGGCCAUGUGUGUAUUUUCUUUCCCCUAAAUAUUCUCACUGGCUGCAGGUCUGAUGUGCUGUCCUUUUGGUACCUGGUGGAUUAACCAGCCCCAGACACGUAUAGACCAAUUAGCUGAAAGACCAAAAGGCCAUUUCCUGUCAGGUUUGGGCAGAGCUCAGCACCUCUGUGGUAGUCAAGGGGAGUUGAUGGAUAAAUACCCCAACUCCCUCACCCUUGUGUGGGAUGACUGAGGUUCAUGUUCUACACUGACCCCUAGUGUUCACCCAUGGGAUUGAACUCCAGCUGUCCACUGUAGAAACCUGCUUAUCAAUACACCCUUUGCUGACUUCCUUCCCUUCCCUCUCCCACAUAUCCACCCCACUUACAGUAUUUCCUGUUUAUUUCCUAAAUACUUGAAUCCUUGUCUCAGGGUUGGCUUCUGGCAGACUCCAAACACAGACAUUCUGUCUAGGCCUCUGUUUCAUGUGCAAAGGGAAGAAUAAAUUAGGCUGUUUUCAAGGCUAUGGGCAUGGGGCGUGGUUCCAUGGGGCUACAUCUCCAUUCUACCAGCUCCCUGGGGUUCUCAGUUCCUGGGGGAUGGGAGAUAGAGAAGGUUUUGGGGAGCAGGCCCCAAGCUUCCUCCACCCGCUGUGGUCAUUCCCAUUUGUUUCCACACCUGAGGCUUGCUUCUAUCUGGCAUCUUCCAGGAGAAGAAGGUGAAUACCUCAGCCUGCCUAGGCCUCCUUGGCUAGAAGUCAGACCUCAAAGGAACCAGCAAAGAGGUGGCUGCCCAGCGACAUCUAUCAAAAUAGCAUUCAGGAGCUGGAGGGAGAGGGGAUGAUUGUAUAUAAUGAAAUGGUUAUGAAUUCUGUUACCAUAAAGCAGCUUCCUGAGGCAGGGCAUAGUCUCACCUGGAUGACAGUCAGUGUUACAGCAUUGCUUGACCAGAGCCUCCCAUUGGCCCUUGGAAAACUCUGGCCAGACAGCUAUAGAGCUGAAACUGAGGUGCAGGAGGGGUCCCUGGUUGCUCCAUGCCACCUCCAGAGUGGUCUCUGUUUAUCAGCUGCAAGGCUGUGGAGCUUUCCUGCUGGCUAGGUCCCUGCACAGCCUCAGGGAUAGACUCAGCAACUGGCCACUUGCAGCCAUGCCAAGAGCUCUCCCAGCUGGACAUGGUGGUUCACACCUGUAGUCUCAGCUAUUCCAGAGGCUGAGGCAGGAGGAUCACUUGAGCCCAGGAGUUUGAGGCUGCAGUGAGCUAUGACUGCACCACUGCCUCUAGCCUGGGCAACAGAGCGAGACCCUAUCUCUCCCUCUCUCUCUCUCUUUUUUUUUUUUUUCCUUGAGACAGGGUUUUCACUCUUGUUGCCCAGGCUGAAGUGCAGUGGCGCGAUCUCGGCUCACUGCAACCUCGGCCUCCCAGAUUCAAGCGAUUCUCCUGCCUCAGCCUCCUGAGUAGCUGGGAUUACAGGCGCCCACCACCAUGCCUGGCUAGUUUUUGUAUUUUUUAGUAGAACUCCUGACCUCAAGUGAUCUGCCCUCCUUGGCCUCCCAAAGUGCUGGGAUUACAGGUGUGAGCCACCGUGCCCAGCUGAGGCCCUGUCUCUUAAACAAAGCUUAUCUGAUGUCCAGCUCCCGGGCCUGGGGUGCUGGUGUGGACCGCCUAGACUCUACAGGCUGGGUGUACCAGAGGAAGCAGGAGCAGCCUGCAGAGAGGUGGCUGAUCAGGUGAGGACAGGUGGCUGGGUGGGCAGGGCUUUGACAGAAAUCCCACAUCAUCCUUACUCCUGCCUCCUUCCUCCCAUGCUUCUGGGCUCUCCUGCACACUCCAAAGUAAAGUCUGGCCCUUGUCUGGCUCCUGAAGAGUUGCCUUCAAGCUGGUGGAGUAUCCUGUGUGAUAAGAGUCUCUUUGUAGAGACCUCUUUGGAGGUCACACCAGAGAGUUUAUGCCUUGGGCCUUGCUGUAUCAGUUUGACCUCUCGAGGGGCUUGAGGCUGAGUAGCUAAGGUCAAUCACACAAAUGGUCAGCCAUACUAUGUGGCUGUUAUGGGCUAAAUCAAGCUUGUUUAACCCACCACCCACAGGCUGCAUGUGGCCCAGGAAGGCUUUGAAUGUGACCCAACACGAAUUCGUAAACUUUCUUAAAACACUAUGAGAUUUUUUUUUUUUGCCAUUUUUAGCUCAUUAGCUAUCGUUAGUGUAUUUUAUGUGUGGCCCAAGACAAUUCUUCUUCCAGUGUGGUCCAGGGAAGUGAAAAGAUUGGACACCCAUGGGCUAAAUUAUGUCCCCUUCAGUCCCUUGCCAAAUUCCUAUGUUGAAGUCUUAACUCCUGGUCCCUUAGAAUGUGACUGUAUUUGGAGAUAGAGUCUUCUAUUCCUCCUUGGCCUCCCAAAGUGCUGGGAUUACAGGUGUGAGCCACUGCUCCUGGCCAUGUAUGUAUGUAUGUGUGUAUUCUUUCUCUUUCUUUCUCUCUUUCUUUCUUCUUUCUUUCUUUCUUUCUCUCUUUCUUUCUUUCUUCUUUCUUUCUUCUUUCUUUCUUUCUUUCUUUCUCUCCUUCCUUCCUUCCUCCUUCCUUCCUUCUUUCUUUCUCUCUCUCUUUCUUUCUUUCUUUCUUUCUUUCUUUCUUUCUUUCUUUCUUUCUUUUUCUUUCUUCCCUUCCUUUCCUUCCCUUUCUUUUCUUUUUCUAUUUUUUUUUUUCAGGGUCUCUCUCCAUCGCCCAGGCUGGAGUACAGUGGUGCGAUCUCGGCUCACUGCAACCUCCACCUCCCAGGCUCAAGUGAUUCUCCUGCCUCAGCCUCCCGAGUAGCUUUGAUUACAGGCCCGUGCCACCACGCCCAGCUAAUUUUUGUAUUUGUAGUAGAGACACGGUUUCACCAUAUUGGCCAGGCUGGUCUUGAACUCCUGACCUCAAGUGAUCCCCUGACCUUGGCCUCCCAAAGUGCUGGGAUUACAGGCGUGAGCUGCCAUGCCCAGCCCCGCAUGUACGUAUUUUUCUUCCUCCAAUUUUCUUUCUCGUUGGCUGCAGGCCUGAUACGCUGUGCUUUUGGUACCUGGCGGAUUAACCAGCCACAGGCACAUACAGACCCAUUUGUUGAAAGACCAAAUGCAGGUGGAGGGACUGGUCAGGUUUGGGCAGAGCUCAGCACUUCUGUGGCAGUCAUGGGGAGUUGGUGGAUAAAUACCUCAGAGCUAGAGACAGAGAUGUGUGCACACAUAGAAGGAAGACAAUGUGAAGUCGCAGGGAACAGACAGCCACUUACAAGGCCUGGAGAGAAGCCGCAGAACAACCCUACCAAUGAUCUUGAAUUUGACCUUGAACUUCCAGCCUCCAGAACUAUGAGAAAAUAAAUUUCUGUUGUUUAAGCCUCCCAGGCUGUGGUAUUUUGUUAUGGUAGUCCCAGGACACUAGUGAUCCUCCAUUAUCUGCAGGGAACAUGUUCCAAGACGCCCGGUAGAUUCCUGAAACCAUGGGUAGUACAGAACCCUAGCUAUACUAUGUUUUGUUGAUCUCAUAACUGCCAUGGCUAGUAAGGGACUAAUGGGUGGGGUGUUUACAGUUUAGAUGUGCCAAACAAACUUGGGAUUGACAUCCCGGCUUGGAUGGAG